UUGAGAUACUGUCUUUGUUGGUAAUUAAGAGUUAGGAAUCUGAAGCAUAUUGCACUGCUUUUUGCGCCAUUAUGUAGCUGUUCGAUAUGUCAACUUACAUUAGCUUAUAGUUUCAUUCUUUUAUAGUUGGUUCCCUUGGUAUGUUGUAUUCCUGUUGAUGGUAACGGUAGCAUGUACUAUUCAUAGGAGUAGUUAGUUAGAUAUAUGGUUUUAGAACAUCCUGAAUAUGAGAAAUUAGGGGGAAAAAGGAAUCUUUGAGUUUCAAAAUAGAAAGCUUGUAAGUUGUUACGGGAAGUGGGAUUUUUUAAAAUUUAUAUUUAGUAUGUUAUUAAUGCCGCAAAGAAACAGAUUACAACUUAUUAAAAUGGAUCUGAACGAGAAGAAGUAAAUGAUGAUUGGUAAUUGGGGCAGGGGGCAGGAAUACCAUUUCUCCUAAAUUUACAAAAACUUUGAAGAUUUUUUUUGUCCAAUCAUAAAAUAUCUCGGAAAAAAGUAUGCAGAACCAGAGAUUGGUUUCAAUGACAUCGGGGGAAAGAUUCUAUGGAAUUCAAGAGGCUGGACAUCCUUUGUCCCUGAAACUACAACUGCAACCUGGAGCAUCAUUAAACACCUUAAGGGAUGCUGGAAAAGAUCACUAUGGACUCAUCUCUUGUCCCCUAGACAGGUGUAAUGGAGGGAACUAUUCUCAAGCUGUUAAAUAUAAUGCAUUGGGUUGUUGCACAGGGGAUAAAUUUUAUCAUAAGGACGGUGAUGGUGGUGACUCUAUUUUGUUUCAGCGAAGACCACAUUCUCAUUUUGUUAGUCAGUAUGAUGACAGUGGUUUUAAGAAUAAAGAGUUCCAAACUAUAAGCUCCAGUAGAGAUUGUUUGAGUCUCUCAAGAGAUGGAAGGCUGAAUGAUAUGCCUCAAAUUGGACAUGAAGACACAGAUGUUGCUGCAUGUUUUGAUGGGCCUUUCUUUCCUUCUUCCAUAAACACUUCAACUGUUUCCCCCCCUUCUUUUCAGUUUCAUGUCAGUUCAGAAGAGGGGAUCAACCUUUAUGUAGAUUUAAAUUCAAACCCAUCAGAGUGGAUUGAGAAACUGAAAAGUGAGGUUUCAAUAAGCCAGGACAUGUCCCAUUGCAAGUCUAAGACUUUUCCUAAGGAGCUUGGGCGCUUUGGGGAAAGUAGUAAACAGAUGGAGAGAUCUUUUCAGUUGAAUGUAGAUACUGGGGAAAUGAAAGAUGACUUUAUACACUCUGGAUUACCCCCAAAUUUGAUCAUAAAAGAAACGAGUUCAUUGCAGUUUGAUCAUCCUGAUCGAGAUAAUGGAUCCUUCGGCUCAGCUGUAAUGAUACCAUGUGGCAGAGCUGUAGAUUUGUCAGAGCAUUUAGAAGGAGAUCGAGGACUGACCUUAGUUAGAGCUCAUCCUGAUUCUCAGGAGCAAAUAAUUUCUGCUAUUGCACCAUGUGCUAAAGAUGGGUGGUUGGUAGCCCCUAAUUCAAAUAUUAAUUCUCCUAGGGAGAAGUUAGGUGGUGAUGGUGCAUUAAAUAUAUCAAAUGGUCCUCUGAGUCUUCUGAGGAAGGAAAAUGAAAUAUGUGAAAAUUGUACCCUACAAAGCAGUUGUCAUCUUGUAAGUUCUGGUCGAAUAAUUCCUGGAUGCCAGCCAGAUGGUUCAUUACUGAUGCAAAAGCCUGAAGAUGUGGUUCCCCAGAAAGAUGCAUUACAUUCGCCUGGUGAUAAUGGUGAAUUUGUGGAUUUAGUUGAUCCAAAGCAUAAGUUUUAUGCAGACCAAGGUGGGCUAGCCGGCUCAACUGAUCUCAAUCAAGAGACAUUUAGGACCCGGCUGCCUACAUUAGUUGAAGAACAGGAUAAGAGCAAAAUUAAUAAUUGGGGAGAGAGUUCAGAAUGCUCACAAGAUGAGCUAUUUGAAAAUUGUAGAGGACUUGAUAAUGUUGAAUCUAAUGGACUCAGCAAAAAGAGGGCAUGUAUAGAUGGCGAUAAAAAUGACUGUAGCUUGCUUGAUGCCAAGAUUUUAAGAAGCACAAAGCAUUUGAUUAAGGUCCUUCCCAGAAGAUCCACGCGGCUGGUUUCCAAGUGAGUUUAUGAAGUACGUGCUGGCCAUGUCCCGAGUAUUGUUUCAGCUCACAUUAGAUUCAUUAUUGCAAAGCUGAGUAUUGUCUAUAUAUAGUUCAUUCAUUCUUAGGAAAACAGGUUUUCUCAGACAUAAUAAUAGACUGAUACGGUAUAUCAUUCAACUUGCUGCCUUCUUAUUUUGUAAUUUUUAAACAAUUUUAAAAGCAAAUUGUAUUUCUUGAAAAUUUGAUACAAAACUAAAGAUCAUCUGUCGUCGCCGCUUUUCUUCUUGUGGUUACGUUCAACGUUGGAGUAAAUAUAAUUAUGGAUAUAUACGACAUUGUUAUGUUCAAAUUUUUUUUUUUAAUAUUUAAUGGAUACUUAGAUGAUCGUAACUUUAAA